CGAUGCCCUCUUCUUCUCUGGUUUUGCCCCAGCGCUGCUUCUCACCUCUGGUUGGAGCCCGCUUCUCUCUUCUCUGUCUUUUGCCCCGAAGCACACGCAGUCUGCUUCUCUUCAAGCCAUCGAAAGCUCCCAUUUCAGGAUGUCAUCGUCAGCUUCUUCAUGGACUUCGGCGAACAACCCAAUGUGCACUUGUUGGAAGCCCGCAAAACUUAGAACAUCGAAUACGCCAAGAAAUCCGGGCCGAUCAUUUUGUGGGUGUCCAAACUACAAUACGAAGUGAGGAAAGAGAAAAAGAUCUUAUGAAGAUAGAAAUUGAGUUGUUAAAGAAUGAGGAAGAGCUUCGAAGAAGAGAUGAAGAGAUUGUGAAGUAUAAGUUGGGAAUCCAUAACGACCAACUUGAUAUUCAAAGGCAACAAGCAAAGAUCCGGCGUGAACGCACACUACUUAAAAUCUCUUGGAUUAUUUUUAUAUUAAUUUCAUUGUAUUGCAUCUGUAAACAAUGAAACCAUAUUACUUGAGGGAAAUUUGUAUAUACUUUUGUGGCCUUUGUUGUGUAUAACCUUAAGCAACUAGUUGAGAAAUUGAGUUGUA